UAAAAAGGAGUUUGAUUCAUUUUCGUUGCCCUUCUCUUACGACUUUUUAUUCAGCCGCCUCUUUAAAUGGUAUUCAAUAUCUUAAAGAGCUCUCGAGCGCAACGCAUUGACAUUUUCUAUUACUUAAACUUCAAUUGUUUUAAUCUCCUUCAUUCGUAUUCUCUUCACAGGUCAUUCGCAUUUAAUAGUUUUACUUCAAGCCAGCAGAAAGUUACUUGGACAUCUGCCGGCAGAGAAAAGAAAGAACUUUGCAUAGUUUGCACACUUGCCUACCACUCACUCCUUGCAAGUCAGUAUUUUACGCAUUGUAUGAAUUUUUACCGAAAAGAAGGAAGAAAAAAAUUGCAAAAAUCGCAAAUCGACGGCAAUCGGCUUAUGCGUUCGCAACAACAGAGCAGAGUUGAUGCGGCCUCUACUGCUGUCAUUGCGACUGCCUCGCGCUUUAUUGAUGGAGAGACAGUACGAUGCCUGCAAACAAUGGAUUCAAUGCAACUCUGUCUUUGUCAGCGCGUAGCACAGCAGCACAGAGAGAGCAAGAGCGUGUCAGGUGUUGAGUGAAAAGUACUCGUACAAAUGCUAGCUGCAGAAAAUGAGUUAUUUGAGCAGGUAGUGAAUGGGAUUGAGGUAGAAAAAAUUAUGAAGAACAAAUAAGAAGAAGAGGAAAUAGUAAAAGCAACCCUGUCAAUUCGUUCAUUCAGUCUAAAUGAAAUAAAAACGGUA